GUUCACACUGGGGAGAGGGGUGCUGCUGCGACUUUGGACUGCUUUCUGAGCUCAUCAGACGGGGGUGAUGCCAAUGCAAUUUCCCUUUGGACGGCCUUUACUCUUACGAUGUCCUGCAGGCUGCUCAGGGAACCAUAGGAAAGAUGUGAAGCUUGCCAGAAGCACCAAGGAUAGCCACCCUUAUGAAGCAGUGGAGACCUCUGCUACUAGGAAAUGUUCUUAAGAUCCCCAUCCGUGAACACAUGGAAAGUGCUGGACAUCUCAUCCCCUGCAGGGAACACUGGUUCUGCAGAGCUGAUUGCUGGCAGCAGAUACUUUGGAGAACCUUAAACAAGAAGGAACCAGGGUCCUGGACAGGAUCUAGGGGGAAAAAAGGCCAUCAGGGAUUAGGAUUUGGGGUGACGGAUGCUGAUUCAGUCCUGGGUUAUGAGCAUGCUUUUGUGCCCAGGAAGCAGUUGUGCUCAGAGACAGAGAGGAGUAUUGUGCCUGAACCCUGUGCCUGAGCCAGGGCUGCCAAGUUUCUGGCACCGAGAUUCCCUCUAGCAUCUCCUCUUCCAUGAGGAGACCAGUGUUGAUCCAGGAAUUACCUCAGCAGCAUGUGCGGCAGGUUGCUGUGGCGGCUGCUGGCUGAGGAGGCCCGGUACUCCACCCCAGUGGGGCGCCUCCUGCUUCCUGUGCUCCUGGGAUUCCGCCUCGUGCUGCUGGCUGUCAGUGGGCCUGGCAUCUACGGCGACGAGCAGAGUGAAUUCGUGUGCCACACCCAGCAGGCUGGCUGCAAGGCCGCCUGCUUCGACGCCCUCCAUCCCCUCUCCCCGCUGCGCUUCUGGACCUUGCAGGUCAUGUUGGUGGCUGUUCCCAGCGCCCUCUACAUGGGUUUCACCCUGUAUCAUGUGAUCUGGCACUGGGAAGAAUGGGAAAAGGUGAAGAAGGAGGAGGAGACCCUGCUCCGUGAAGGGCAGAGGAGCAGAGAUGCCCCAGGGGCUCAAAGCCCCCUGCUGCUCUGGGCCUACGCGGCACAGUUGGGGGCUCGACUGGCCCUGGAGGGGGCAGCCCUGGGAGGGCAGUAUCAUCUGUAUGGUUUUCAGGUGCCCAGCUCCUUUGCAUGUCGUCGAGAGCCUUGCCUUGGUAGUAUAACCUGUAAUCUGUCCCGCCCCUCUGAGAAGACCUUGUUCCUGAAGACCAUGUUUGGGGUCAGUGGGUUCUGUCUUCUGUUUACUCUUUUGGAGCUUGUGCUUCUGGGUUUGAAAAGAUGGUGGAAAACCCAGAAGCACAACACUUCUUCCUCUAACUACUGCCCAACUUCAGAGAGCACCAGAAGAUGUAAGGAACUAACUGGUAACUUUCCAGUGGUGGAAACAAAAGAGCAGUUUCGAGAAGCAGGUGAGAGGGACACUCUCUCUUACUGAUGUCUGUCCUGCUGACCUCCUCUUGGGGUGGGUCCCUCAAAGUAGAUAACCAGGUUCUAGGCAGAUGUGUUCUGACUACUGCUCCCAACCCAUCUCUCAAUGUCUAUCCCCUUAAUCUGAGGAUUCCUUCCAGUGAACCAGGAAGAGAGUGCUAGUCCAUUGUACCUCCUGAAUUUCCAUUUAGGUCUCUUCACACGUAGGAAAAAAAAAUCAGCUUCUGUUUGAUUCUCUACUUUGCAGAGUUAUGAAGACACCUGACUUGCCUGAAAGAAACCCUAUGAUUGGAUCUUCUUCCAACGUCCAUUGAGUGGCGAUUCAUUCCAUGACAAAUUAGAGGCUGUUGAAGGAUCUCUAAGGGUCAUUGUGGGCCAUGCUGUCUAAAGCAUUUCUUUGAAGAGUUCCUCAUUGUGCCCUCUUACUCAGAUUCUCUGGUGUCAGCAUCCCAACUUUCGUGGGCUCAAUUUAACAGUCAGAAGCCUCCAUAAACAAUGACUCUCCCCUGCCUUGCUCAAUAAAUAUUGAUGAUUUCUUUGGCAUUCUUGUAGCUAAAGACAAUGAUCCUUCUUGCCUCAGUGACUCAUUUACUCUUUUCUGCCUUCUCAAUGCUAAGAUCCUGCAACCUGUGAUUGCUUCUCAGCCCUGUAGCACAUGUUAUAGAUGGAAACGCUGGUCUUCCAAGCAUGUGUAACCCAAUGUCCACUCCCCCGCCCUUUUUUUUUUUGCUCUGAAAAUAGUUCUGCUUUACUGGGGAUUAAUCAGAACCUUUACUAAUGCACUGCCUCUAUUUUCUCUCUGUUUUUUAAAUUAAAAUUUUUUAUUAAAUCAUAACUUUGUAAUUGAUGCAUUUAUGGGGUUCAGGGUACUGCUUCAAUAUACAAUGUGAAAUGCUUACAUUGAACUAAGUAACAUGUGUCACAAUUAUACUCAUUUCUUAACAUUUUGAAAUGUACCUACUAUUGCAUCAUGCACAUUAAGUGAGGUCCAGAUAUCCCAUAUAUCCUCCUUUCUCCCAUAUCCCCCCUCUGCUCCCCUCUCUCUCCUCUUUCCUUCUACUUUCUGGACUAUAGUUAUGUUUUGCCAUUUGUACGAGUGUGUAAGUGUUUAUAUAUUGGCUUCAUAGUAGUAUUGAGUACAUUGGAUACUUUUUUCCAUUCUUGCGAUACUUCACUAAGAAGAAUAUGUUCCAGCUCCAUCCAGGUAAACAUAAAAGGUGUGAUGUCUCCAUCUUUUUUAUGGCUGCAUCGUAUCCCAUGGUGUACAUACACCACAAUUUGUUAAUCCGUUCAUGGGUCAAUGGGCCCUUGGGCUGUUUCCAUGUCUUGGCUAUUAUG